AUGCCCCUUGCCGGCUUCGCCGCCAAGCCCCGCCUUUGCUCCCCCUCCUCGCGAACACGCCCGCCAGCCCCGCGCUUGGCUCGCGUCCACCGCCCCCGUCGCCGUGAGCCCCGCCUCGCUCGCUCGCCGCUGCGCGAACCACCCCUGACCUCGCCCCUGCAACCUGACCACGCACGCGCUCACCUUCCCUACCGCGGCCCUGCUGCUGCGGCUUGCGGCGCGGCCCCUCCCGUUCCCUCUUGCCGCGCCAGCCUCUCCCUUCGCUCGCGGACCCUGCACGGGCCCCUGCCCUCCCGUGCGACCGCCUUGCUCACCGUGGUCGCGCCCGGCGACCACCUCGCCUCGCGCGAGGCCGCAGCGCGCCUGCUGCUGCCUCCGGCGAGCCCUCCUACGCCGGCUUCCUUCGCCGGAAAUGGCCGGCCGGCGAGCCCCGCCCUGGCCACCGGCGUGCUCUGGCGCCCGUGUUCCCCCGCCGCGGCCCGGUUCGCCCCGUUAACCGCACCGCCCUGUGCCCGCUAG